AUGGCUGUUCCAUUUCUUCCGUUUGUGCUUAAAAAUCUCAACUCCUUGAUCCAAAAUGAGGUGGGAUUGCUCUGUGGAGUAAACCCGGAGAUGACAAAGCUUUCAAGCACUCUCUCCACCAUCCAGGCUGUCCUUGAAGAUGCAGAGCAAACGCAACUGCAAAACAAAGCUAUACAGACUUGGUUGAAAGAGCUCAAUGAUGCAGCCUACGAGGCAGAUGACAUCUUGGAUGAGUGCGCAACCGAAGCCCUCCAAUGUGAAUUGAAAGGCCAAGGUUAUGGUUCUCUCAAGAAGGUAAGCACUUCUUUGUUAACUUGUUAUCCUGUUCAGAAUGUUCUGUUUCGUCACAAAAUAGGGAACAGAAUAAAAGAGAUUACACAGAAGUUGGAUGCAAUUGCUGCUAAUCGCAAAUUUCACUUGACCGAGGGAGUUGUGGCAGUGACACGAGUUGAAUAUGAUGUAAGCCGUGAAACCAGCUCUGUUAUCAUUGAACCACAACUCUACGGAAGAGAUGAAGAUAAAGAAAAGAUUAUCAAAUUUCUGGUCGAGGAUGUAUGUGAUAUUGAGGAUGUUUCUGUGUAUCCUAUACUUGGUUUAGGCGGUCUCGGAAAGACAACGCUCGCGCAAAUGGCCUUCAAUGAUGAGAGGGUCAAACCCCUCUUCGAUCCUAAAAUUUGGGUUUAUGUUUCUCAAGAUUUUGAUGUGAAAAGGCUGAUCAAAGCAACAAUAGAAUCUGCAAAUGAAAAAGCUUGUGAGGCAGCUGACCUAGACUCACUGCAGAGAAAGCUUCGCGGCAUGCUGAAUGGGAAAAGAUACCUGAUUGUAUUAGAUGAUGUGUGGGACGAAGAUCCAGACAAGUGGGAUGCGUUCAAGUGUUCACUAGCAUGUGGAUCAAAAGGUGCUUCCGUUAUCGUCACUACUCGUGUUGAUAAGGUCGCAUCAAUCAUGGGAACUAUUUCACCUCAUCGCUUGUUAGUUUUAUCCGAUGAAGAUUGUUUGUUGUUGUUCAGGCAACGAGCAUUUGGACUUGGAAAUGAAGAACGCAAAAACCUUGUCGCCAUUGGGAAGGAGAUAGUGAAGAAGUGCGGGGGUGUGCCGUUAGCUGCGAAGGCCCUCGGUGGGCUAAUGCGCUUCAAAAGUGAGGAAAAAGAGUGGCUUCAUGUUAAGGAAAGUGAAAUUUGGACAUUAACCCAGGAAAAUUCCAUCUUGCCUGCCUUAAGAUUAAGUUACUUUUAUCUUCCAUUGGAAUCAAGACAAUGUUUUGCUUAUUGUGCCAUUUUCCCAAAGGGCUCUCAAAUUCGAAAGAGAGACCUAAUUCAUCUUUGGAUGGCUAAUGGCUAUAUUUCAUGCAAAGGAGGAUGGGAACCGGAAGAUAUUGGUGAUCAGAUUUGGAAUGAAUUAUGUUUGAUAUCUUUUUUCCAAGAGGUGACGGACUACGGAAGUGAUAAACGUUUCAAGAUGCAUGAUCUUGUGCACGAUCUUGCCCAAUCAAUUAUGGAGGGUGAAUGUCAAAUGAUCGUGUUUGACAGUUCAAGUAAUAUAUACAACGGAAAAGCUCAUCAUGUAACAUUGGUUACGGGGGGGCGUAAGGAAAAUUUGAAUAACACAUUUCACAAAGUUGUAUCCUUACGGACAUUACAACUACGUUCAAAUUACUACUUAGUACAUAAAUUAUUUUUGGGUGGUUUCAGAAAGUUUGGUUCACUGCGAGCUUUUGAUGCAUGUGGCACAGUGCAAGAGUUGCCACCUUCAAUUGGCAACUCAAAACAUCUGAGGUAUUUGAACCUUUCCUAUUCUGAUUUCAAGCAACUUCCUGAUUCAAUUUGUAAUCUCUUGAAUUUGCAAACAUUAAUUCUAGAAAACUGUGUCGUACUUGAGAGAUUGCCCCAGAACAUGAUGUACCUGAGAAGUCUCCGACAUCUUUUUCUGUCAGGGUUCCCCUAG